UGAGAAAGCGAGUGGAGGGAGAGAGAGAGAGAGAGAGAGAGAGAGAGAGAGAGAGAAGCUCACUUUUUCUCUCUCCAAUUUCGCUCCUAAAAAGCAAAUUUCAACGGCAAAGGGGGAACUGACUCGGCUCCGCCUAUAAUGGAGGAGGAGACGACGGCGACGACGACACAAUGCCGCCGCCAAGUCGGAGCUCCGAAACCGCUGAGGUUUUCAGGCAAAUGCCGCCUCCUGAUCUUCUUCUCCUUUUCCGUUACAUGGACCUUGGCCGGAGCUUUCGAUUACGCCGACGCUCUCUCCAAGAGCCUCCUCUACUUCGAGUCUCAGCGAUCGGGGAGACUGCCGUACAACCAGCGCGUCACCUGGCGAGACCAUUCCGGCCUCACCGACGGCCUGGAGCAAGGAGUGGAUUUGGUCGGAGGAUAUUACGACGCCGGCGAUCACGUGAAGUUCGGCCUCCCAAUGGCCUUCACCGUAACGAUGCUAUCGUGGAGUGUGAUCGAGUACCGCCGAGAAAUUGAAGCAGCCGGCGAAUUGGAGCACGCUCUCGAAGCCAUUAAAUGGGGGACCGAUUACUUCAUCAAAGCCCACACUAGCCCUAAUGUGCUGUGGGCAGAGGUGGGAGACGGAGACACGGACCACUACUGCUGGCAGAGGCCGGAGGACAUGACGACGUCGCGGCAAGCGUACAAAAUCGACGAGAGCAGCCCGGGGUCAGAUCUCGCGGGAGAGACGGCGGCAGCGAUGGCGGCGGCCUCGAUUGUGUUCAGGAAAACGAACCGGCAUUACUCGCACCUGCUCCUCCACCACGCGCAGCAGUUGUUCGAGUUCGGGGAGAAGUUCAGAGGGAAAUAUGACGGAAGCGUGGGGAUAGUGAAGAACUACUACGCGUCGGUGAGUGGGUAUAAGGACGAGCUGCUGUGGGGUGCGCUGUGGCUGUAUGAGGCCACCGACAAUGAGCAGUAUUUGGAGUACGUUGUUAAGAAGGCUCACUGCUUCGGUGGCAUUGGCUGGGCCAUUUCCGAGUUCAGCUGGGACGUCAAGUACGCUGGCGUCCAACUCAUCGCUUCCAAGGUUCUUAUGGAAGGGAGGCAUAAAAAUGGGGAUGAAGCUAAAAUCCUGAAGCAGUACCAAUCAAAAGCAGAGUACUACCUGUGCACAAUCCUCAACAAGAACAACGGCAGCAACGUGGAGCGAACUCCGGCGGGGCUAUUAUUCGUCCGCCAAUGGAACAACAUGCAAUACGUCUCCACGGCGUCGUUUCUUCUCACCGUCUACUCCGACUACCUCCGCCGGUCAAACCACCGCCUCAAUUGCCCCGGCGGGACGAUUGGGUGCACGCAGGGCUACGACAACUGGUACGGACGCCAGGAUCCGAACCCGAACGUCCUCGUCGGGGCGGUGGUCGGCGGUCCCGAUUGCGAAGAUAAUUUUGCAGAUGAGAGAGGGAAUUAUAUGCAGACCGAGGCCUGCACAUACAAUACGGCGCCGUUGGUCGGCGUUUUUGCCAAAUUGUCGCAGUUAGAUGAUUCGGAGUCGGAUCCGGGUCAAACCCAAGACCCGCUCCUACAUGCUUCCUAUUGAAACAACAGGUAACACAAAAAAUAUAUAUAUAUAUAAAUAUGUGUUUAUAAAUGUGUGUGGGAUGGGAUUUAAUUUUCUCUGAAAAUGAAAAAGGAAGAAAGGAAAAAGAGAGAGAAUGUUAUUGGGUGGCUAAAUCUAAGGAGACGUAGCCCCAGCUUUUGUGUAGCUUUCAUUUAUUUGAUAUAAUUUAUACACUAAAGGUAAAGUUCACAUCUCGUGGCUUUAUUUCCCUCUUCCAUCCUCUCUCUUAUUCUUCUUAUAUAUUUGAAUAAUAUCUUCAUUUAUUCCU